AUCCUCUACUUUGGGCUCUACGAAGGCCGGAACCCCAGUCCGACGCGAGACCCAGGCUACAUCAUCAUCCUCCUGAGCAGUCCUGAAGGCGUGGUCCUUUCCACCAGUUCCUGAAAAUGUUUUUAAGGUUGUUACGCUCCUUCUUAAGGAUGCCACCAAAUCUGACGAUAUUAAUCUGUGGAGGGUUCGUUGGCUUUGUCUUGGUGCACAUGAACCUGAAAUUUAGCAAUGAUUUAGCAUUGCAAAAAUUUUAUAAGAUUCAAAGCAACCGCCCAAUUAAGGUCAACAUCUCUAGCAAGAAAUCAGAUGAAGUAGCGAAGCAGCUGAGCUCGAAGGUGCGCAUCCUGUGCUGGAUCAUGACCCAGCCCAUAAACUUGCAGCGGAAAACCAAACACAUCCGAGCCACUUGGACCAAACACUGCAACAUGGUUCUGUACAUGAGCUCCAUCGCCAGCGACUUCCCAACCAUUGGACUGAACAUGUCCGAGAGCAGAAAGCAUCUCUACUUGAAAACCAUCCGCGCCCUCCAUUACAUCCACGCUCACCACCUAGACGCUGCCGAGUGGUUCCUCAAAGCCGACGACGAUACGUUCGUGGUGGUGGAGAACCUGCGGCGUCUUCUGAGCAGAUACAACACUGAAGAGCCCGUCUACCUGGGACACAGGUUCGGGGUGUUUGUGAAGCAGGGCUAUAUGAGUGGAGGAGCUGGCUAUGUUUUAAGCCGAGAGUCUAUCAGGAGGUUCGUCCAAGGUUUCAGCUCAGGACAGUGCACUCACAUUAGCCCACUGGAGGACGUUGCCUUGGGGAUGUGCAUGCAGACCAUGAAGGUUGAAGCCGGAGAUUCGAGAGAUGAGAUGUUGAGAGAAACAUUUAAUCCCUUCACUCCAGAGAGCCACUUGCUUCCUCCAGCCACCGGGAAACAGCACUGGCACUACGAUUACUAUCAGACAAAACGUGGCCCGGAAUGCUGUUCCGAUUUUGUCAUCAGCUUUCACUACAUCCAGCCUGAGAUGAUGUACGAGCUGGAAUACUACACUUAUCACCUGAGACCUUUCGGAUAUCAGUACAGGUUUAUGCCGAUUCUCUCGGCUAAUGUUACUGAGAAACCUAGAGUUUAAAAUAAAUAAAUUCAUUUAAAAAAAAAAACUGUUAUAAAAACCUAUACUGUUAUAGUAUAGAAAAUAGCACCAUUUAUUGAAAAUUGCAGCUUAUUCACAGCCUAUUUAUUACAAUAUUAAUUUAUAGCAAUAAACACUUGUAAGUAUGCAAAAAGAAUAAAGUAGCUGUGAAACUUCAGAAUUAAAAGUACUUUUCUGAUUCAGUGUUUAAAGAAUUAUGAUAGUAACCUUCUUGUUACCAGAUAAACGACUUGGAUCUCUCUAUUAAUCCUGAAAUCAUGUGUAGGAUAGUGUUCAGUGUUAAAGAUAAAUCUGUGACCCAAACCAUAAUCCAAUAACAGUUGAGGACUGAAUCCAAGAUGGCCGCCAAGUGGAGAGAAUUUAUUUGACGUUAUAUAUACACUACCGCUCAAAAGUUUGGGAAAUUUGAUUGUUUUCCAAGGAAAAACAGGAAAUUAGUCUGAAUAGAAAAUAUAGCAGAAGAACAGGACAUGCUGACGUGUCAGAGUUAGAAAUAAUGAUUUUGAUGGAAACGAUGAAUGUUUUCUUCAAACUUUGCCUUCAUCCAAAAAACCACCUUUUGCAGUAAUUACAGCCUGGGCAUUCUAGCGGUCAAUUUUUCAAGAUAAUCUGAUGAGAUUUCACCCCAUGCUUCCUAGAGCAUCUCCCACAAGAUGGAUUGGCUGAUAGAGUCUUCCUCCGUAGUUGAAAUCAAGCUGAAAUAUGCAAGUGAUCCCAAACUUUUGAGCGGUAGUAUAAUUAUAGUAGUAUAGCGGUAGUAUAAUUAUAUAUAUAUUUUAAAUUUACUCUUGAUGUUUUAAAUUAAGUAAAUCUUGUAUAAUUUACUCCUGUUAAUCAAACGCUAUUGUAGUUUAGAAUGUUAUAAAAUUAGAUUAUAAGGAUCGACAUUUGGAGAAAUACAGCUCCAAAACUGAAACACAUUAAAUAUGUAUGCAUUCAAAUAUUUUUGUUUUUUGCAUUUUGCAUAAUACAAGUGAUAAACUAAGGAAAGAGUGAAAUUCAUUGAUGGCCAGAUGAAA